UAUUUCUUAAAGAUAGCAGAAAUAUAUAUAUUGAUCAAUAAUGCAUUGGCCUGGUAUAGAUAAAGCAAGUGCUUUCAUAAGGAAGGAUUUUACAGCACAUUUUAUUACUCUAUCAGUAUUUAAACAUGGAUGUUUGCAAAAAGUUACAGAGCAAACAGAGAGCCAUGGCUGCCGAAGUUGCCAGAGUAGCCAGGAGAGUUGAAGAGGCGAAGGAAACGAAACAUUUAGAUCUUUCCAAUUGUGAGCUCAGGAUGAUACCAGAUGCAAUAUACUUUAUGCUGAAAGAUGUGGAAUUAACUACCUGUGAUCUCAGUAAAAAUUCACUGAAGAAAAUUCCACCAAAAUUUUGUACCAAAUUUCCAUCAAUAACAGGCAUAGAUAUACAGCAGAACCUCAUAGUAUCCCUUCCAGAUGAAAUGAAAGAGCUGACAGAACUCACACGUCUCGAUGUUUCAAAUAAUAAACUCGAAACAUUUCCAGAACAAAUUUGUGAUUGCCCCAAACUUCAGUUAGUCAGUCUUAGAGAAAAUAGAAUGUCAGAUCUUAACAUUACCAAAGUCCAGUCAAUGCCAGCCCUGAAAGGUCUUGAUGUCCAAGACAAUCCGCUAUCCCCUGAAACAGUGUCCAAGCUGGCUGGUAUAGACCAACCAAGUGUUCUGUUUGGUGUCUCAGAUCCUGCUGGUAAAGAGUUGGAGCAACUUGAAUAAAUGCAAAAACACUGUUCCUACAUGCAGCUUUGUAUUCUCAUUGUUUCCUGUACAGAAAUCCUCCAUUUCAAUUGACAUUUGUACACACCUGCUUUGUUAUCAAAUGUCUUUAUAUUAUAUAAAUAGACAUGAAUAAAUAACUUGAAAAAAGUCUCUGUCUGUUGUUGGUGC